UUUCCCGCAGCUCUUUCUGCAUCUGCUCUUCCAAGUUUACAUGAGUAUACUGGAUACACCAGAGGAGGUUGAUACCUUCUGGAAGGGCUGCCAGGAGCAACUGGGCCUUGCCACCAACCCCCAAAGGUUUGCAGUGCAGACCCUGAAGGCCCUGCUCUUCCAAGUGGAGUGUGAGCACGUGGUGCUAUCCAUGGAGCGCAAGAGUGGCUGGGACACGCUGCUUUCUGCGGACACCCACCACUAUGCUGUGGGUCUGCUGGCCAGGGAGAUGCGCCAUGUCUCCCCUAUGUGGUGCUGCAGCAUCACAGACGGCCUCUUGGAGCUACUCAGCCAAGGCAUGUCAGACUGGGAGCUGCCCGCCAUGGCAUUCCUUGUGGAGUUCCUGCAGUUCCCUGACUUCGAUGAAUGGGGUGACAGCAUCCUGGAGAUGAUGGCAAGGCAGCUGCAGAGCGAGUCCAGGGAGAUGCGUCGGCUGGCGCUCAGAGGGCUCAUGGUGCUCAGCAGGGACCCCUCGAUGAACAAAAGAAUGUCCGGCCUGUGUGGAAGCCUUGUGGCUCUCCUGCGGGAUGCAGAUGAAGAUGUCAUCGAGAUGACUCUCGUCGUGCUCACCUUUCUGCUCCUGCACGGAGGCCUGGCAAUACCCAGCCCCAUCGCCCUACAGCUGGCUGGCGCACUCUGGCCACUCCUGGACAAUGACAACCGCUAUCUGCAGCUGAAAUCCAUUCGCCUCUUCCAAGAGAUGCUGAAGUUGGCAAAGGGGGAAAAGGCCCUGAAGGUGCUUGUGAGCAAGAGCUUGCUGCCGCUCUUCUUCCACUGCCAUGAUGAGAACGCGCACGUGGCAGAGGCCUCCCGGGAAACGCUGCUUUCUGCAGUAAGCUUCCUCAAGAGGAGGGAUCUGGAGCACCUGGUCUCCACAGAUCACAUGUGGAGCUUUGCCGAGUGCUUGCUGGCCAAGGACAGACGCCGAGCGGCCGAGCACCUGCGCCAGGCCCUGCCCUACCUGCAGAGCCCACAGGAGCGCCUGCGAGAGGUGGCCGUCAGGUUUAUCGGGCUCGCCGGGCGGUUCGUGAGAGAGAAGCAGCGAGAAUUCCAGCUCAUGUGCAGGGUCCUACAGAACAUGGCAAAUGACACCAGCCCUGCCAUCUCAUGCCUGGCACUGCAGACUCUGUACAUCGUCAUGGGUGUACAGAGCAUGCCCUCCUCCCGACUCCAGCAGCUGCGAGAUCAGUUCCGCCGGCUCUGGAAGUCACGGCCUUCCCUGUUCCGUGGUGGCCGGUUGUCGUGCUGGAGUGCUCUGGGGAGCUGAUUCGGGAGGCUGCAUCUGCUGGGACCGCCCGAGCCUUCAGGGACCACCUCUGCCCUGCAAGCACUUCAGUCACCCCAUUCAGUGUAGUUUAGUAAAUUAGUAGACUAGUA